CAGCGGCGAGGACUGCCAGAAUUGCGCGUGGGGAUGCGAGUCGCGCUCCGAGCAGACGGAGCCUUUCGGAGGCGGGCGUGGAAGCCCUUCUUCCCUCCAUUUGCAUGUGCAUUGGAAUAGUGGCUGCUUUAAUCAUCGCAGGAGUUAAACCAACCUUCCACAAAUAUGGCAGACGAGGACCUUAUUUUUCGUAUGGAAGGAAUUGAUAAUGCUAGAUCAACUAAAAUGAAGUCUGGAAAUUAUCCUGAUGCUGAUAGUGAUGAUGAAGACAAUUAUUACAUCUGUCCAAUAACUGAUGAUCCAGUUUCUAACAAGUCUGCUAGUAUCAAAGUUGACAAUUAUUAUAGCAACUUGGCAAAAACUGAACGGUACAGUUCAAGCUCUUCACCUAGCAACUCGUUCCACUUUAAGAAUGACACACAAGAUUGCUCUAAGCAUGGCUCUGUGGUUGACCAUAGUCGGGAAACUUGGAAACAUGCUAUUGAGAAAGCUAAACACAUGCCUGAUCCCUGGGCAGAAUUUCAUCUUGAGGACAUUGAGACAGAAUACGCCACUCGUUACAGAUACAAUGCAGUUACUGGAGACUGGGUUGAAGAUGAAGUCCUCAUCAAGAUGGCUCCACAACCCUUUGGCCGUGGAGCGAUGCGGGAGUGUUUUAGAACGAAAAAGCUGUCCAACUUCUUACACACGCAGAACUGGAAAGGUGCUUAUAACUAUGUUGCCAAGCAAUACAUAGAGAGUGUAGGCAGGGAUGUGUAUUUUGAGGAUGUCCGACUUCAGAUGGAAGCAAAACUGUGGGGAGAAGAGUACAACAGACACAAGCCACCAAAACAGGUGGAUAUAGUACAGAUUUGCAUUAUUGAAAUGAAGAACAGACCUGGAAAGCCUCUGUUUCAUCUGGAACAUUACAUAGAGGGCAAAUACAUCAAAUACAACUCAAAUUCUGGAUUUGUGCGAGAUGACAACAUUCGUCUUACUCCGCAAGCAUUUAGUCACUUCACCUUUGAGCGCUCAGGACACCAGCUGAUAGUGGUUGAUAUCCAGGGAGUUGGAGAUCUAUAUACAGACCCUCAGAUCCAUACAGAGAGUGGUACGGACUUUGGAGAUGGCAACCUAGGUGUUCGAGGUAUGGCCUUGUUCUUUCAUUCUCAUUCCUGCAACAAGAUUUGCAAAAGCAUGGGGCUUGCACCGUUUGAUCUUUCAUCCAAAGAGAGAGAUGCCUUGGAUUAUAAUAACAAAUUGCUUAAGUCUGCUCAGACAACUGUGCGUGGCACAGAGGAAAAAUGUGGAAGCAGCCGGGUGAGAACGAUCUCUGGUAGUCGGCCUCCUCUACUUUUCCGCUUGUCUGAAAACUCCGGAGAUGAAAGUAUGAGCGAUGUGGCAUUUGACUCUCUACCCUGCUCACCUUCCUCAGCAACACCUCACAGCCAAAAGAUGGACAUGCUUAAUUGGCCUGUGUUCAAUGAAGUGGAUAACUUGGUUCACAAAGACGAUGAUCAGCUUGAUAACCAAAGGGAUUUUGAAAAUGGUGGAGACAGUGGCUAUCCCAGUGAAAAGAGAAGUGAACUAGAAGAUUUGGAUCAUAGAGACAGGGGCCAUUCAAACAACAACCGAAGACAUGAAUCUGAUGAAGACAGUUUGGGAAACUCUGCAAGGGUCAGUGUGGAGAAAUGGAAUCUCUACAACGCUUCCAGAGUCCACAUCCACAGACCAUCCUGUGUGGCUCAAGAAAUUCAGAGGCUCAAUGCAUUAGAACUUGAAAAGAAAAUUGGGAAGUCAAUCCUUGGGAAGGUUCAUUUGGCCAUGGUUCGCUACCAUGAAGCUGGGCGUUUCUGUGAGAAAGACAAGGAGUGGGAUCAGGAGUCAGCUCUGUUUCACCUGGAGCAUGCUGCAGACUGUGGGGAGCUGGAAGCCAUCGCUGGACUAGGACUCAUGUGCUGCCAGCUACCCCAUCACAUUCUUUCAGAGGUCACUCUGGAGGACACAAAGGAGAACAGAAGAAAAGGAUUUGAUUACUUACUGAGAGCAGCAGAAGCUGGAGACCGGCCUUCCAUGAUACUAGUAGCAAGGGCAUAUGAUACAGGUGUAAAUCUUGGUUCAGACAGAGUGCAGGAUUGGAAGGAGGCGCUGUACUGGUACAAUGCUGCACUGAACAUGACUGACUAUGAUGAGGGAGGUGAAUAUGAUGGCACUCAGGAUGAGCCCCGGUAUCUGCUCCUAGCCAGGGAAGCAGAGAUGUUAAUGACAGGAGGAUUUCACUUGGACAAGGAUCCACAGAAAUCAGGUGAACUGUACACAGAAGCCGCAGAAGCAGCAACAGAAGCCAUGAAAGGUAGACUGGCAAAUCGGUACUACCAAAAAGCUGAGGAGGCUUGGGCAAUGAUGGAAGAAUGACACUGCAAUUAUGCAGUUCUUGUAUAUAAGAUUUUUAUAGAAUUAUUGUACUUGCCGCUAAAAAGAUGUAUUUUUAUGUGCUGUUAACAGUUUGUGGUUUUCAUAUUUUAGUUUUAUAACUUUAUUUUGAGAGAAGAAAUCUGAAUAUAAGUAGUAUGUAGGGAACCAUGGUGUACUGUUACCUAUGUUUUAAAACUAUAAUACCAGUACAAUUGAGCUUUUAUAUUUUUUUAACUGUUAUGAUUUGUUUGAGAAAAAUGAAGCUGAUCUGUUUACAUUGCACAUGCCUAGCUUUUUACACAGCAAAUGAUCAGUGUGUUUACAUUUCUCUUCUCCUCCCAUAUAUUUUCCUAAAUCCACAUCAUGUCUUCAUUUUUGGUGUAUCUCAAGUUUAGUUGUUGCCCUUUGAAUGUAAACAUAUUUUCAAUUUAAGUAUGUGAAGCAUGCAUCUACUCUUAAUAAGUGGUUCCAUUCUAUCAAGCUGGUGUCAUUUGGCUCUGUUGAUACUCUUCUCAAAUCAAUUCCAGAUACAAUCUUUAAGUUUGGAAAUAAAAAAAUGGUGCUUCUACUUUGGCACCUUGAGUAUUCAGGGUGGGAUGUAUGUUUUAUUUAUUACCAGCAGUGCGUAUUUUCAGAUCAGAUCUGAACAUCACUGUUUCUGAUGAGGUGAGGCAUUUAGCUACCUCUCUCAUUUCAACAUUUUGUACCAUAUAAUAACCUAUUUGCAUAAAAUCAUACUGAUCUCAUAUUUGUCCAGUUAUGAUUAGUAAAAAGAUCUAUAACAUAUUGCUGGUAUGUAGUUAUUUUUACAGUGACAUCUCAAUUUACAGUGAAGCUGGAUCCUCUCACUUAAAAAUGAAAAUUUACUUCCCACCAUUUCUAGAGAGAUAUUUGAAAAGUCUAGAGAAUGUUUGUUCACCUAUUUCUGUGUAUAGAAAAUAAUUUAUCUAGUGUAAAUAACUUCAUAUGUUUGAUCUGCUGUCUGAUGGUUCAUGAAUUAACUUCACAUGAUACUGUUUGUUAAAUUUAAGCUGAUUGCUAAAGAAUACACGCAUAGCUUUAUAAACUUCCAGAUUAUACCAGAUAAUUUAUUAAACACUAUUCUAUGGUAUAAAUCUUACUUUCUUUGGUAUUAGACAUAUUGUGGAGUUCUGCACCUGUAUUUUAGCAUCCUCUCUUAAAGUUUAGAAGUGAAUUUCCUGAAAAACCUCUCUUCUUCACAAGAGAUAGAGGGUCAUUGUUAAUGGCAGUUAAAGAAAAAUAUAUUUCUGCUGGUUACAGGAAGAAGGCAUUAUUAUCCCCAAACACUUGAAUUUCUGUAUCCUGUUUACAUGCUCCUAAACCAGUAAUGGGAAGACAAAUACACCAUGGUGGUUGAAUUAUCAUUACACAGAGGUAGGUUUCUUUCAAAUCCAGUAUUAUGUUCCAAAGCUCCAGUGCCAUCUCUACAGUUGUUAUAGGAGCUAGUCCUAUUUCUUGGUCUUGGUUAACAGUAGUUCUGUAGGAGAUGAAGCCAGAAAGGUUCUGUCUUCAGGCUUUUCAGUCCCUGAGGUUGUAGAUUGGCAUGAAUAAAGGGACAACCACUAUGGAGUGCAGAAUGAUUCAUAAUUCUCACCAGCCUCACUCUAGCAAAGCUGUUAGGUAGGUAAUAAGCUAGAUAUUAAAAUGCUCAAGUUCUUUGGACCUAAUAUGCUGAAACUGAACUAGAAUUUGUACGAUCACAGCUUAGGUGGAUACUUUAAGUGCCUAUCCACAGUUCUGCUUUAGGUGCCUACAGCCUCUUACGGAUGUGGCCUUUUGCUCUUUCAUUCAAAGCCGUAAAAUAACAGCUCUUGCGCCCUUCAUCUCUGAGAACAGUUGAACAAUCACAGUGUUUUGUGCAGAACUGAUACAGUAUAGGCACUAUAACAUACACAGAAAAGGAUUAAUUUUUCUGUACAGUGUUGAUGCCAAGACUGAGAUUUUUCCAUGAGAAAGAAGCAGAUAUGUAACAACCCCACCACCCUUGUAGGGAGGGGAGGAGAUUGAAUGUGUCCAUCCAAAAUAUAAGUAAGGGACUUAAGAGUAUAAUUACUGAAACUCUUUGACAUAGUUUAAUUUGCUAAUUUCUGUAGUUGCUAGAAUUGCUGAUAGUUCUCUGGUAUGUAAAUCUGAUCACAGCUCUGAAAAAUGUAAUGAUCAAUACUUUUUUUGUAAACGUUACUUUUUUAAUGAUGUAAGCUGCAUUCUGUCAUAAUGUGGUAUCGUAUUAUUUAGCUAUACAAUAAGUAGGAGUUUGAAUGAUUUACAAAUUAAACUGGUUUACAGAAAUAUGCUCAAUUUUAUGACAUUAUUUUGAAGAGAAUAUGUUUGACAGACUUUUGGAAUUAUAUUGCUAUAUGCUGUAUUUUUAAUCUAUUCACAAUGAACAAAUAAAAAUUAUAUUUUUUAAAAUCUGAAAGCUUAGCCCUGCAAAACUUACCCAGAUGCAAUGUUCCUGGGUGUCAGUGGGAGCAUUGCUUGGGUAAGGACGGCAAGGUGGGAACCUUGUUUGUGUCAGCUGUGCGAGUACUGAUGGCUUGCACCACUUAGUCAUGUCAUUCACUUCAUCUGGUUUCAUUCUGGCUGGUCAAUAAAGUUACUCUUUUUGACACA